UUGCUUCGAGUGAGACACGCUGUUUGUCGCGCUGCAUCAAAAAUCCGAAGUGUGUGAGUUCGGAGGGGAGACAGAUUCACAAAACCACAUCCACUGUAACAUUUUCGCAACCUGAGAUCAUGUCAGACUCGUUGACAGCAGAUGUGGGACCUGCGGAGGUGGGGGUUCGCAAGUUAUCCGAGCUGAGAGUCAUCGAUCUGAAGGCCGAACUGAAGCGCCGAAACCUCGACAUCAGCGGCAAUAAAGGCCUGCUUUCAGAGAGACUCAAAAAGGCUAUUGAAGAAGAGGGGGGCAAUCCAGAUGAGAUUGUUGUACACCUUGAAAUAACUCCCAAGAAAACACCACGACGAACUCCUAAAGGAAAAAGGCAAGACAAUGAUGAUCCUGAGGAUUGCACUCUUGAGGAGGACUCUGUUGAUGGCCAGGACGAUUCAGAUGCUAUUCCAGAGAACCUUCAGGAGAUGGAUAUCAUGGACAUGAAUGUUCUGGAUGAAGCCGAUAUGGGCAAUGAAAAUGGGGACGAUGAAGAUGAACAUGAGGAGCUUCAAGACGAAGAGAACGUAAGCAGCCUAAGGGAAGAUGCCAUAAAUAACCACGAUAUGGAGGAGGCCAGUGAUGCCAUCAUGAGCAGAUCUGAGGUGGAGGAGAAAAUGGAGGCCAACGGUGCAAACAUGGAGGAAAAGCAGGACGCUGCUUGUCAGGAGGAUGAUGGGGAGGAUGGGCAUGAAGAUGAAAAAGAAAGUGAGAAAGUAGCCGGGUCUUGUAUGUCAGAGCCGAUUAAGGAAGACUGCACUGAAGAGCCGACUGAAGAGGGGAAAUCUUCAGUCUGGGAGUCUCACAAAGAGGAAGACAAUGUGCACGACCUUUCUAAUGCGGAGGACUCCAGCAAUUUGGAAGCAGAAUCGACGGCCUGUGAAGCGGACAUUGACAUGACAAAGCAAAACGAAGAUGAAUCCACAAGUAAAGACCAAGAAAAUGAUCAGGACAAUUUGGUGGACACUGAGAGCACUUCCGCUCGGGCCACAAAUGAUAAUGAAACUGUUUUGUGCAAAAUCGAAAGCGCAGUUGAUUCGGAAAGAGCGUCAAAAGAAGAUGGGGUCGAGGAAAGCAAGAAGACUGAAUCUGCUGAAUCUUCAGAAGGCAAAGAGUCCUCUGUUCAGGGUGAUGAUCAGACAAAGAGUGGUGACGAGGACAAAUCAAGCAAGCCUGAGUCGAAAGAUGAUAAAGGUAGCGCUGGUGCAAGCGGAAGAAACCUUUGGGUCAGUGGACUUUCUUCAACCACUAGAGCGACGGAUCUGAAGAAUUUGUUCAGCAAAUAUGGCAAGGUUGUUGGCGCUAAAGUAGUAACCAACGCCCGAAGCCCAGGAGCUCGCUGUUAUGGAUUUGUCACUAUGUGUUCUACUGAGGAGGCGACCAAGUGCAUCAGCCAUCUGAACAGAACCGAAUUGCAUGGCAGAAUGAUUUCAGUUGAAAGAGCCAAGAAUGAGCCAGCUGGAAAGAAGCCUACUGACAAAAGUGAUUGCAAAAAGUCUGGCACUGACAGAAGACAAUCCUCUGACUCCAAGACUGAGAAAUCCGAGAACAAUGAUGAGAAGACUGAAAGCUCUGAUGGCAAAGAGCCUGGUGGAGAAAGGACUGUUGUGAUGGACAAAUCAAAAGGAGAGCCAGUUAUUAGCGUGAAAACAAAAAGCAAAGAGCGGAGCACCAAGAGUCGCGACCGCACGUCCUCCAGCAAGGACAGGAAGGACAUUUUGUCCUUCGAUCAGAUAAAAGAGCAGAGAGAGAGGGAGCGUCAGAGGCAGAGAGAACGAGAGAUCAGAGAGGUGGAGAGACGCAAGCACUCUGGUGACCGCGACAGCCGUUUGGAGCGUGAACGUAUCCGUCUCUUCCGGGAGCGGGAGGAGAAAGAGAGGCUGAUGAAGAGGCGCAACUGGCUAGAGCUGGAGAAGCAGAAACUGGACGCCGACCGCAUGGAGCGCGAGUUCCUGGAACGUGAGCGCAUCCGUGUGGAGUACGAGCGCCGCCGUGAACAGGAGCGCAUUCAUCGCGAGAGAGUGGAGCUGCGGCGGCAGCAGGAGCAACUGCGCUACGAACAGGACCGACGUCCUCUCAAGAGGCCUUACGACAUGGAUGGCAGAAAAGACGAUUGGCAGAUGAAGAGGAUGAACAUGGAUGAUCGUUGUGGAAGGUCAGAUUUUGGACGGCAAGACCGCUUUCAAGACUUUGAUCACAGAGAUCGCAGCCGCUAUCAGGAUGAUAUGAUGAUGGACAGGAGAGGUGGAUUGCUAGGGGACAGAGACAAUCAGCACUUCUCUGAUCGGGACAGGCACAGCAGGGACAAUCGUGAUAACUGGGGUGGCAGCUAUGACAAACGUGGAAUGAAUCCUACGAGGCCAGUGCCUGGAAGUCGCGACAACAGAGACUGGGAACCUGGUCGUAAAAUGGACGGGGACAGAAACUGGCAAGGACCAGACCGAGGUGUCCCAGGACAGGGUCACAUGGCACGAGGAGGAAUGGCAAGCCGGGGCGGGUACAUACCAACAGGGACAUCCCAGUCUCUCGCUGGAGCCUUAAACCGACCAAACCAGAUUAUGCCUGGCAGCGGGAUGCAGGGGGGCGGAGCCUUCGGUCGACGCUACUAACAAAAAAGCCAUCAUCCCUUGUGUCUGUUGUUUGUGCGUAAUUAUGAAAACUGUAGCUUGUACAUUGCCGAUCGAGCUUUGUAAUUUUAUUUUUUAAGUCCGCUUUUCUUUUAAUGUUGUGACGACAGAAAACUGAUUACGUUGUGUAAAGAUUGUGUUUGAGAUUUUUAGAUUCCCCCCCUCCUCCAUUCCACAUCUUGAUAGAUUUUAGUCAUUUUUCUGCUUUGUUUUACACAUGGUGAACGCUCAAGAAUAUUUAGCUAAAAUGAAUCCAGUCGUUGAAACCAUGAACUUGUUGAUGUUCACUUGUUGAUGUGUUACAAUAAAAUUGUGGCAUUUUCUUUAAAGUAGAACUCUUUGAAAGUGCUCUUUAUGAAGGAUUACUCAUUUUCCUUGAUAGUAUUGUGUUGUCACUAGGUGGCGUACUUAGUCAACCAUACACUGCAGUUGAUGCAGAACUGGAGUAUUGAGGUGUAAUAGCAGAAGUCAGAACAGGAACGUGGAAAAACUUAAGCAGAAAUGUACAUGGUGCAUGCUAUAUUAAACAUCCUACCACAAUGCUAGGGGUGUUCAACCUGUUUUACAGAAAUGUCAGUUGAGUAGUUAGCAUAUUGCUAAAUGGUUACUAGCUCUUUUCUUACUGUCCAAAGUCAAAAGAACUUUCUAGACAAGUUUAUGAUAUUCUGGUCUAAGGUCCCUCCUUUUAUUUAAAUCUGUGGGAUUUUAUAACACACAGUCUGAUCACUUUGAAAAAGUGUUAGCAUGCCUCUCAACAAACGACACACUUAGAGGUAUCAUUCAUGUCUGACACAAACUAGCUGCAAUCCUAGCUAUAGAUUUUCUCACUGCUGUAAAAAGACAUCAUGCAGUUGAAGUCAGAAGUUUACAUACACUUAGGUUGAAGUCAUUAAAACUCUUUUUUUUUUUUUUUUUUUUUUUUAACCACUCCACAGAUUUCAUAUUAGCAAACUAUUGUUUUGGCAAGUCGUUUAGGACAUCUACUUUGUGCAUGUCAUUUUUCCAACAAUUGUUUAGACAGAUUGUUUCACUUUUAAUUGACCUUAUCACAAUUCCAGUGGAUCGGAAGUUUACAUGCACUAAAUUAACUGUGCCUUUAAGCAGAUUGGAAAAUUCUUGAAAAUGAUGUCAAGCCUUUAGGCAAUUAGCCUAAUUUAGCUUCUGAUAUUGGAAAAUUACCUGCGGAUGUAUGUUAAGGCCUAUCUUCAAACUUUUCUUUACUUGACAUCAUGGGAAAGAAAUCAGCCAAGAACUCAAAGAAAAAUUGUGGACCUCCACAAGUCUGGAUGGGGUGCUUUGCUGCAGGAGGGAGUGGUGCACUUUACAAAAUAGAUGGCAUCAUGAGGAAGGAAAAUUGUGUGGAUAUAUUGAAGCAACAUCUGAAGAUAUCAGCCAGGAAGUUAAAACUCGUCACAAAUGGGUCCAAAAUUCCACCAACUUACUGUGCGAAGCUUGUGGAAGGCCACCCAAAACGUUUGACCCAAGUUAAACAAUUUAAAGGCAAUGCUACCAAAUACUAACAAAUUGUAUGUAAACUUCUGACCCACUGGGAAUGUGAUGAAUGAAAUAAAAGCUGAAAUAAAUAAUUCUCUCUA